AUGUCCGGCCCGGUACCCUUUCCCGGAGCGGCCCCAUCGGCCUUUGACUUUACCUCGACAGAAAGCAACAUGCGCAUCGACAUACCGCGAUCCCGAGACGAAGGCCCCUCCCAACACAAGCGGCAUACCUCCGCCAGUGCAGCGGCCAAGGAGGAAAAGCAACAGCAGCAGCAGCAGCAGCAGCAGCAGCAUCAGCACCAGCAUCAGCAUCAGCACCAGCAUCAGCACCAGCAGCAUCACACCGCUCAGCACCACCCGCGCCAGCCAGGGCCGCACUCGGAGUCGUACUUUGCGGGUGCCGCCUCGCAUCCUCGCACCCCCGGCACCGGCGGCAUCGCCAUGCGCGGCCACGCCCGCAAUCUCAGCUCCACUGGCAACCCGGCCCACGACGGCGCCCGUCCGAUGUCGAUGAGCCUUAGCCUCGGCGAUCCCGGCUCGAUGCACCCUGGCGCCGACGGCACCCACAGCGCCUUUGGCUUUAGCGCAGGCCCGCCCAGCCCCAGCACGCUCACCGACAACAUCCUCGGCCUCCAUGCCACCCUGUACGCCGGAAAGCGCAGCCCGGAAGAGGUGCGCGAGAUGGUCUGGAGGUACUACGAGCGCGGCGCCGUCUUCGAGAGCCCACUGCUGUCGGCCCACGGCCGCGACCAGAUCGCGAACCAGUUCAUGAUGGCCUUUGCCCUGCCCGGCAUGGAGGUCCAGUCCGAGCUGCGCGACGUCAUCUGCAGCGACUUUGAGUUUGACGGCACGCGAGCCGGCAUCAUUGACCACACCAUCACCGUCACCUUCUUCCCCUCGCUCUUUGGCUCUUCUGAGCCCGCCGACCCCGAGGCGCACCUCGACGACGCCAACCGCACGCCUAGAGGCCCCUUUUCGGCGACGGCAGUGGCCUCGGCAGCGCCCGGAGGAGCAUCGGGCUCGCAGCUGCCCUUUUCGGCGGUGCCCAUCACGCCGCACCCGUUCGCCGACUACGGCGGCCACAGCGCGUCUUGGCGUCCCGGCGGCCAGAGCGGCUACAGCUACCCGCACAGUCCCAUGACGCCCUUCAGCAUGAGCAGUGCUUGGGGCAACUCUCGGCCACACACCCCGGGCCAUCCAACCACAUCGUCGAUCCGGCCGCUCUCCGGCACCACGGCCAACGCCGUUACCCAAACGCCGCCCAGCGUCAACGGCGACGACUUUGACGGUGCCGGACACGCGCCCUCGUCAGCGUUGCCGGCAACGAUGUCGAGCCAAUUUGUCGAGGCCGACGCGGCAGGGGGCCACCUGGCGAGGCCACCGAUCCCCGCCGAGUCGCUGCAGCCGCACUGGAGCGCCGAGGGCCUGGGCCGCAACACGUUCCGCAGCAUCCUGUGGGGCCUCUUCCACCCGCGCGCGGCGCUCAAGUCGCUGUGCAGCAUCCAGCUGCGCGUCAUGAGCCGGCUCGAGUUCAACGACGCCGGGCUCAUUGUGCGACACGAGGACACGUGGGGGCUGCGCGAGACGAUCGAGGGCAUCGUGCCGUUUGCGUCGCUCAUCUACUCGAUCGAGAGGCGGGUCGUCGGGUUCCUCGUAUCGUGGGCCAUCGGGCGCGGCCUGCGGCUGUCGUCGGUGCUGCUCAACAAGGCGCUCCACGGGCCAUUCAGCAGCACGCCGCCGUCCGAGUACGAGGUGGUGCGGCGCGAGUCGGACCACCCGCAGGCCCACGAAGCGGCCAAGGCGCUGCUGGAUCGUACGGGCAACCCGUCGGUGGGCGUGCGGCAGCCGCGCGACUUUUAUACGAUUUCGCGGUCGCGGGCGCCGAGCCCCAACCGGUUUCGCUUCGGCACCCUGUCGGGAUCGCACAGCGGCACCGUGACGGGGACGCGGUCGCGCGCGCGGUCGCUGGUCGGGCAGCACUCGAUGACGCCCGCGACGCGGGCCGUGUCGACGGACAACCUCGCCUACCACUUUGGUGCGGGCGGGUCUGGCCCAGGGCCCAACGGCAACAGCGGCGGCGGUGGCGACGGUCGGCGGUCGAUGGACCUGCCGCCCGACUCGGGCGCCAAGUACCGGGAGCGCUCGGCCAAGCGGCUCGAGGGCGGGCGGGCGUCGAGCACCAACUCUGCCCCGCCGACGACGGGCGAGGCAUACGACUUUGGGCCCUCGACCAACCUGGUCAACAUGUGGGAGCAGUUUUCCAACCACAGCAGCCGAGCUGGCUCCGUGGCCGAGGACCGGGUGCCCUCUCGCGCCCCGGACCAGGACCAGCAGUCGUAG